AUGGAUCGGCGUAGCUAUCCGCCCGGUCCGUCUGGCUGGGAUCCUAAUGCACCACCUCCCAUGGAUCAGCGAUACAACCAACCCCCGCCGUCUCAGCAGUAUCCACCUCCUCAGCAGCAGCAGCAGCCGCCGCCGCCGCAGCAGCAGCAGUUUCAGCAGCAACCCUCUUAUCCUCCAUACAGUCAGGGUCCGCCUCAGGUUCCGCCGUACAGCCAGGGUCCGCCUCCCCCUUACGGCGGAGGUCCCCCACCGGCAUCUUAUAACGAGCCGCCGCAACAACCUUAUAGCGCGCCGCCACCACAGUACCAGCCUUACGGAGGCGGUGCACCGUACGCCGGCGCGCCUCCCCCGCAGACAAGCUACAGCCCGCACCCACCCGCGUAUGGCGGGCCGGCACCUGGUUACCCCCCGCCGCAGCAGCAUCAGCAGCCGCCGCCGCAUCUCCCGCCGCAACAGCCGCCGGCCGGGUACGCCCCUCCGCCGUGGCAGGCGCAGGGACAGCCGCCAGCUCAGGGGCAGUAUCCGCCAGCUCAGCAGAUGCCAGGUGGCAUGCGUCCUCCUGAGGGGCGACCCGAUCCGUCCGCGGCAGCCCCGUGGAAGCAACGUCAGCAGCAGCAGCCGGAGGAGGAGAGGGGGAGAGACAGGGACGAACGUGGCCGCGACCACGAUAGGGACCGGGAUAGGGAUCGCGAUCGCGAUCGUGAUCGGGAUCGGGAUCGCGAUAGUUCGUCGAAGCCGUCACUUAAUCGCUACCCGCCGCCGCAGAGCUUAUACAACGAUCCGCUUAAGCCGACUCCAAGCUCGAUCUACGAAGACGAGUCGCCGCGCAAAUCGAAGCCCAAGGUGGAGAUGGUAAUGGGAAAGGCGGCCGGUGCGGAUGCUAAGACCGGAGCUGCUACUUCCGCUAUGUCUCAAAUCCUUGCUGCCAGAUCCGCCGUUUCUGCGCUUCUCGCGGCGACGAACCCGCAACUGGCGGCGGCGCAGCAGCGCGCCGCGGCAGUCUCCGCCGCGAUCACCGGAUCGACGGGAUCCGGCGGCGCGAGCUCUGCCGCGGCGGCGAUUGCGGCGGCCGCUGCGGCGAAGAACCCGCUGCUGGCGAGUAACCCGAUUCUUGCGGCGCAGGUCGCGGCUCUUGGCGGUUCAAACGCCGCGUCUGCCGCUGUAACGAAGGCCGCGUUACUAGCCGCCGCCGCGAACAGCGCUAAGGUGGGCGCCGUCAACCCCGGGCUCGCAAUGGCUUUGGCUAUGGCUGCCGCGAAGCAAGCGGAAGCGGCGCGCGCGGAAGGGGUGCCCGCAGAGGGGGACAAGGACACGAAGGCGGAGGACCGCGCGGGGGAGAAGCGCCGGCGCUCCCGCUCCCGCUCCCGCUCGCCGUACUUCCGCCGUCGGGGGAGGGGGAGGUCCCUGUCCCGCUCCCCUCCCCGCCGCCGAUCCAGGUCCCCAGUCCGGGAGAGGAAGCCUGGGUCCGCGUCGCCCACGCGCAGGAGCCCGUCGCCCAGGAUUCGCAGGCGACGGUCGCGAUCACGGUCGCGGUCGCCCGUGCGACGCAGGCGGGGGAGAUCGGCGUCGCGCUCGCGGUCGCCGUACGGGCGGGGGAGGUUCGGCGGGUGGCGCGGGCGCGGGAGGGAGAGCAGUCCGGAGCAGCCGACGAGCACGGUGCUCAUUCGCGGGAUUGCGCCGUGGGCUGUGGAGGCGGAUAUCUUUGCACUUCUGGGCGAGUGGGGGCCGUUGAAGGAGGUGCGGGUUAUCAAGGAGCGCGCAACGGGGUUCAACAAGGGCUUCUGUUUCGUUGACCUCGAGACCGUGGAGGCGGCAAAGGCGCUGGUGGAGGGUGGAAGGGCGAAGGAGCUAAAGAUGGAUGACCGCUUGCUCUUGUUCCACUACAGCAAGCCGCUGCAAGGGGCGGAGGACGGGGGCGCGCUUGCGGACAGCAGCUCGGGGAAGCCGCUCGACUGGGUGUGCCCCUCCUGCGGUGUCAAUAACUUCGCCCGCCGCUCCGAGUGCUUCAAGUGUGUCACCCGCAGGCCCGCCAAUCCCGUCACUGUUGCUGACAGGGUCGACGUGGGAGGAGGCGAAUAUGGGGCGCGAGGCAGAGGAGGCGGCGAGUGGGAGGGCCGAGGAGGCGGGAGGGCGGCGGCGGUUGCUGUGGCCAUGGGUCCAGAUGCGUCGAACGUGCUUAUAGUGAGGGGUCUGGACGACAGCGUGCAUGAGGAGAGCCUGAGGCAGGAGUUCUCCCAGCAUGGCUCCGUGACUGAUGUGCGUAUGAUGCGCGAUAAGAUCACACUCAAGUCACGCGGAUUCGCCUUUGUCACUCUCGCCAAUGUGGAUCAAGCAACGCGCGCCAUGCUCACAUGUCACAACAAGCGCCUCUUCAAGGGAGGGCCGGUCAUGCGAGUGGCGUAUGCACGUGGCCCCAACCACGGAGUGCCCUCCACGCCGCUCGCUGAUGCCGCCGCCGCUGCCUACGCCGCUGCCACUGGCGGUGGCGCUGCUGAGGAUACUGACGUCAUGGCUCAGAUGGAGGCGUCUGGGUGGAUGCCCAAGGAGUAUGACGAGGGGGCAGCAGGGGGCGAGCAGCAGGCCCAGGCGGGCAGUGGCUUCGUGUGGGACGAAGCGUCGGGGUAUUACUACGACAGCACCACCAGCUUCUAUUAUGACAGCGCCUCAGACCUGUAUUACCACUCGGACUCGCGCCAGUGGUUCCGUUACGAUGUUACCACCGGGGAGUACAAGCAGUGCUCGGCUGAGGAGCUGGAGGCGGCGGGUAGCGCCCCUGCCGCCAUGGCUGUCGCUGCCGCCACUGCUGCAACUAAACGCGACGCUGCCGCUGCAGCCGGUGCUGCUGCUGGUGCUGGUGGUGGUGAUGCGUUGGGGAGUGAGCCAAAAAACGAGGUGACGGCUGAGGCAGUGGGGAAGGAGGGGCAGGCGAAGUGGGUGAAAGAGGAGCAGCAGGGGGAGAAGAGGAAGAAAUCGUUUGCUGAAUCCGUGGCUGCAGCUGCUGCGUCUGCGUUUCAGGCGGAGAAAGAGAGGGAAGCUGCGAGGAAGAAGCAGCAGGAGAAGGAAAAAGAAGCCGCUGCUGCCGCCGCUGCUGCCGCUGCUGCUGCUGCCAGUGCUGCUGGUGGUGCUGGUGGGGAGAGUGCUGCUGCUGCUUCUGGUGGUGCUGCUAUGGAGGGCAAGAUUCGGACGUAUGUGCCGUCUGCCGCCCUCGCGUCUCAGGUGGCAAAAGAAGGUGAGGCGGGGCAGGUAGCGGGCGGGCAGAUGGACGGGCAGGAAGACGGGCAGAAGAAAGCUGAGGGGGGUGUGAAGGAGGAGGCGUAUGGGCAACAGCCGCCUCCUCCCUAUGGCCAGCCGCCCCCUUACGGCCAGUACCCCCUGCCACAGCCGGGCCCGUAUGGGGCACCGUACGGCCAAGAGCAGCAGCAGCAGCCUGCUUACGGGCAGCAGCAGCAGCCUUACAACCCGCAGCAGCCGCAGCAGCAGCAGGCACAGGGCCAGUAUCCUCCUGCCACUGCUCCUGCUGCUGCGCCGGCCUAUCCCUCUGCCGCGCCCUCCUACUCACCUGCUCCUAGCUAUCCCCCAUCUACUGGUUACAUGGGUUACCAGCCUCCGCCAUAUGACCCGUAUUCAGCUGCUGGUGGUGCCACUGCCCCUGCUGGCUCUGCUGUUAAUGCCGCUCCUGCUGGUGCAAGUGUUGGGGCUGGUGCUGCUGCUGGUGCUGCUGCUGGCGCUGCCCCUGCUGGUGCUGGCCCUUCUCCUCCUGCUCCUAUGCCUCCCACCACCUCUCCUUCCUCCUCCUCUGCUGCUCCUCCCCCCCUCUCGUCGCCCUACAACCCUUACUCUCUAGCUCCCUCCUCUGCUCCCCCGGUCGCCCCUUCCUCUGCUGCGCCCCUCACCGCCUCUUCUACACCCCCCUCCUCGUACGAUCCCUUCGCAGCUGCUGCGAGCAUGAGGGGAGGAGCAGCGGGGGGAGCAGGGGGAGCGGGGGGAGCGGCAGGAGACGGUGCGUAUGAUCCCAUUGCUGCAGCGCUGGAGGCGGGGGGAGGGAUGCCGGAUUGGGUCACUGCGCCCAUACCUGCUGCGCCUGCCCCUGCUGGAGGUGAGGCAGUUGCUGCUGUUGAAGGUGAGAUAGGUGCAGCGCUGGAGGCGGGGGAAGGGAUGCCGGAUUGGGUCACUGCUCCUGUGCGUGUGCCUACUGCUCUCGCUCCUGGCGGAGGUGAGAUUGCUGCUCCUGUUGCUGCUGGAGGUAAGAUUGCCCCCGCCCCUCUGCCAUACUCGCCUGGCCUCCUGCCGCGCCCUGCUGCUGCUUGGCAGCCACCCCCGCCCCCCAACUACUAG